CAAACAGAAUUUUAUCCUGAUAUACAGGGCAGUGGUCUGAGCAAGCAACCAGUGUAGCAUUCGUCAGCCAAUGUCAUGGAAAGCCCGGUUACGAAUUCAAAGAAACGGCAGACUCGUUGGUUCCCUAAGAGAACUCGCCAUCUUUCUCGUAGUUUUUUCUGUUGUUCAUGCUUGCGAGGUGAAGAGGGGGAUCAGUUGCAAGAACAGGACGGGACAAAUGGAGACCCUCUACCUGUGGAUCUAAGCGGAUCAUGUGAUAAGGAGACUAUCCACAUUACAGUGGAGGACCUGGGGAUAGUUAAUAGCAGUUUUGAUCUGUUUGACGAAGAGCCCGGGACUCCCCAAAACAACGUGGGUCGCUCAUCUAGCUCCGUAUCAGCAUGCCCGAGGGCUCUAAAGAAGAAACGACUGCAGCAUCUGUCUUCGCUGCCCCUUCAGCCUCAAGGAAGACAGGCUAGCAUUCCUAACAGCUGGGAAGAAAAUGAAGACGAAGAGGAGCAAGAGGAUCUCUUUGGAAGUGGCAACGACAGCACCCCCGCUUCUGGAAGCCUCUCGGUGCACUGUGAGAUCAAUUUAAUUCCUCCCACUCCAUCUGAUGUUUUUGAUGAUGAUCAGUUCUUCGAUAUGAAUUCAGAAGAGAGUGUGACAUACACCCCAGAGAGCGAUGGUUGCUUUGCUGCUGGAGACUAUAAGGAGAAUGUCAAAACAGAAGAGACAACGUUGGGAUUGACAAUGACUGAAAGUGAGAUGAUUGUUACUGAUUCUGAGGACAACCACCAUCAGUUGGCACAACAGAGGGAGACAAUAAAAGACGACGGGGAUGAAGAAAAAACAAUCAGGUUGUCUCGUGUUUAUCAGGUGGAUCCCCUCCCUGUGCUUCCCCGGAAACGCAACUUCAACACCGGAAUAAAACUUUUGCCUUUCACUGAGCUCAACUUGGAUGACUUGAGCAACAGUGAUGAGAACUGCUCAGACAUGCUGAAGACUGCUACUGGCCUGCCUCCUCUCAGGGCUCCCACAAUGGAUGCAUUUACUCAGCAGAGGUGGCCAAUCAUUCGAUCCUGCAGUGAAGGGGACACACAAACUGGGAGUGCCACUUUAGACACAUCAACACAGACCUCGGACCAGCAACAGCAAGGGGAGAGGUCACCACGGCAACGCCGUACAACCGUUGCAUCUUGUGUUCCCAAAUGUAAGGACCAAAAUGGAAACCUCCAGGAGAAGACUAUGAACAGGCAGGAGGCCAAAGCUCUGAGGGAGCGAAACACAAAUGAGACGUGCCAGUGGUUCACUAGCAUUGGAUUGCAAAAAUGUCUCCCCUUCAUCCAAGAGGCAAAUUUAUGUGGAGCAGACAUAGCAUCAAUAGAUAUCAACAUGCUGGGGACCCUUCACAUCAACACACUAGAAGACAAGGAGCAACUUCUUUCUGCCAUUUAUAAUGAAUUGCACCCACCCAGUAUUUUUGGAUCUUUGAGCAAUCGUGUAGAAACCUUCAUGCCGAUGAGCAAAUCCAAGUCCUCACCACACGUGAACUGUUUAAGCAUGAACCGACCAUCCCUUAAAAUCAGACAGAGCAACCAAAACUACACAGCGCAGAGGAAUUCAGGAACGCAGUUGAUCGAGGUCACUAUUAAUGCAUCAGAACGAAUAGUUCACCUCAGAACGCCCAAAGAAACAACAGUGGGCAAAAUGAUGGACUCCUGUCUCCGAAUGCUGGGAAUGACGGAUGACAGAAGCCAUUUCUCACUGAGAAAGCAGAGAGAUUCCACGGCUGAGCUCUCCCAGGAUCAGCGGAUUGGGAGUCUGCUGACAUCCCUGUCUGACAGGCAGCUGGAGUUGCAUUGGGGUAAAAGGGAGAGUGCCACUCACAACAGCCCGGAAGCCAACAACUCUACUGGAAUACAAAAGGAGGAGAGAAUCAAGGAGCUGAACUUGCAGGUGGAGUCACUACAAAAUGUCAUCCUCCAGGUGCAGGAGCUCCACCUCGGCCUGGUAGCAUUUUGCUCGGAGCUGAAGAACUCAGACGGAGAUGGGAAUUUGGAAACGCUUGGCUCAGCUGAGUUGGAGCAGAAACUGGAGCUGCUCCAAAGAAGACUGGGCGACAAGAAGCAAAGUCUUCAGACCCUCCAAGAUCACAUCAACAAUCCUGCUGCUCACAGGAAGAAACAGCUGGAUGUUCGUCUUUUGGAGAAAAUGAAACUCAAUUGCCAGGUGUUUAAGGAGGAAAUCUCCAUGGUACAUCUCAACCGACAGUUGGCACAUCUUCAGAAUGUUCUGCAGGAAAGUUAUAUCAAGGAAAAAGCCCAGAGAAAGAAUAUGACCAUUGGUAACCUGAGCCAGCUGGUGUCACCGCAGUCUCCCGCCAUGCUGCUGGUUUUCCAGGAGCAUUGCGGCGCGAAUGGCUGCUAUGGCUUUACAUGCCGCUACACAGAAGAGAGUGGCUUAGUGGUGGUUGAGGUGGACAACUCGCAACUAUGUGUGGAUGACAGACUUGUGGAGGUGGACGGAUCACCAGUAGUCAACUCGACAGAAGAAGAACUGAAUGACCUUCUUUUGCAGCUAACCAGCGCUCAGAUUAUUGUGCUUCGCAAGCCCCCUGUGACCCUCACCUCACAUCAGCCCCCUCUUAUCCUGCAGCACAUGGUUAACCAUAAUCCCUUGCAAGCAGAGAGAGAUGUGAUCGCCAUGGAAACCAAAUCAUUACGCAGGCUAAUGGCCAUCUGAUGACAAUGGGGGUUCAUGUUUGAUAUUAUUUUAUCUCCAUCAUCAUCUUUCUAUCAUAAUGGCGAGGGUUUCAUGAAGUGUCACAGCAUUUGUCCUGCCAAAGUUUCAUUUUACGACUUGUGAUAUGUCUUGUACCAGUAUUUAUUUUCCCUACCUUCACUUUAUUUUGUGGUUAAUGAUCUUUUGAAGUCAACCCAGCAUUCAUUUCUACUUGUUUAUAGCCAUCAGACUCGUGUGGUUCUUCUGAGCUUUUUUUUUUCUUAUUCUUCUUUUCUCUUAUCUAUAUGUACACUGUUAACCAGUUCCCCUAGUGUUCAGAACUGACUACUGGCUACAGACUACAGUGAAAUGUGUAGCAAGACUUCGAAAAACAUACAGUUGGAUCUUAAGUUAUUACGUUUAAGUGUAACAAUCGAGUAAACCUUUGCUGUGUUCAAUAAAAGUUUGUGUUUUGAACAAUA